AUGAAUAGGUACGAGACAGCUGACCAUGAUUAUAUGCAUGCCAAGGAUUACUUCAACAACUACAAGUUUGGAUAUAUCGAAAGAACCACAAAAACUCUUCUUCUUCAGAGCCUGAGGCCGGAGGAUAGGCAGGUGGAAGACCUGCUUACCAUACUGAACCAGAGCAAAUUCCAGCUAAAGGACGUUAAGUCCAUCGGCAAGGAAGCGUCCAAAUCCAUCUCCGAGCUAUCGGAACUGAUCUAUGAUGCUAAAAGCAAGCUCUCGAAGUACGAGGAAAUGCUGAGUCGUGAGGAAGAAAGAGAAAAAGAUCUUUCUGCGGAAUGCUCUCGACUCGAAAGUCUUGACGAAAAUCUAAAAGCAUAUGACGAGCUCAUGGCACAGUUUGAAAAGGGAUGCAAGGAGGUGCAGGAAAACAUCGAGAAGGUAAACGCUCUUAAGAAAGAAAUAGCAAUGCUGAGUACUAAUGAGGCAGAAGAGGAGUUAAAGAACAUGAAAAACCGGAGAGACAAACUCUGUGGAAAGCAGAAGAGGCUUUCCUUGAUAACAAUGGAAAGCCAUGUGGAGGAUUCGUAUAAUUGGUACAGUAGGGCACUUGAAUUCAUCAAAAAUGUCUUUGGCGUAAGUCUUGUGACCGUCGAGCAGGAAAAUAAUGAGAUGUACAUAAGGCUCAGGAUCUCGACAUGCGAGGUCGGAAUAUUUGUGAGAGAUGGCCAGAUGGUUGACUCUAAACUAUACAAUACCAACGACGAAGGGUCAGGGCCAUUGUUUACCACUCUAAGCACCUUUGCCAUGUCGAUUAAUGACCCACGUAUACUUCUUAUGCUAAUUGCAAACAGAUGCAGGGCGCUGGAGGACUGA